CGCAAUUAAUUAAUCAUCAAAUUAAUCAACAACCAAUCACUGAAACGAUGGGGAAGAGAAGGGAUCGAACCAUGGCAGCUAUCAGCAACGCCGGUCGUCGCGUCAAGCUCGAUCUCUCCGCGGAACCCUCUGGAGAUUUGGGUGGCUCUUCAGUUAAUGAUGAAGUUGGAAAGGAUACGGAAUCGAAAGAACUUGCCGGGUUACCCAAGUCACCAUCUUCUUCAGGUCAGACACAACAGAAUCCGCUGCUAUUGCUUGGACAAUAUAGUGAUGAUGAAAUUGAUGAAGAAUCAAAUGGACAACUUCAACAAGCUGUUGUGGAAAACUCUGCAGUUGAUGAUGGGAAGCAGGUUAAUGGACAGUUUGGUGAAGGAAAUGAAGAUAAGGAUGUUAAUAGUAGUGAGGAACUCGCUGCUCAGGAGGUCAAGCAACAGGAAAAGGAUGAAUGUAUUAAUUCACUCGAUACUCUCCAGAAACCAGAGGUUGGUGACACUAGAGAUAGUCAUGCUACUGCCUCAGGCCAGUCACAUGAAGAACUAAAUAUGGCAGAACAAACCUCUGUUGCCGGUACUUCUGCUGUACAAGUAAUUGGAGAUGUGAGUUCUGGUUGGAAGAUGGUAUUGCAUGAAGAGAGUAAUCAAUAUUAUUAUUGGAAUAUUGAAACUGGGGAAACUUCAUGGGAAGCACCUCAGGUUUUGGUGCAAGCAGCUGAGUUGACCUUUGAUCCGAAAACAACUAAUGCUGAGAAUACAGAGACUGUGGUUAUGGCCACUCAUCCUGAAUCAACUAUGGAUGUUGAAUUUGAUUAUUAUUCGACGGCACUAACCACUGAUGGCCCAAUGGCUGCCAAUAUGAUUUCUCAGAGCAGAGAUGCAUAUGAAUGCGGGCCUCAAAUGAAUGAGAGAGUUGAAGGAAGUGAAAGUGAAGUUUUGAAAGAUGAAAAUGGGGCUGCUGGUGUUAGCCAAAAUGAAUUAAGUAGUAGCAGAGUCAUGGUUGAUGCUUUAUCGGCGGAUGGGAGUUUAACUGCAACUGCUCCUGAGACAUACUUACAUGGUUCUGUAAAUAAUGAAGAAAAUAAAACUGUGAUUGAUCUUUCCUCUGGUCUUGUGAAACAGUGUGAAGGUUUGCUUGAUAAGUUGAAGUCAGUUGAAGGGUCCAAGGGACAGCUGCAAGGUCAUGCCUGGGUGUUGAAGUAUGUUUUGGAAGUUGAGACAAGACUUUCUGAUAUCAAGUCACUUUUAUCUUAUGGAUCAGCUUUGCUGCCGUUUUGGCAACAUUCUGAAAGGCAGCUUAAGAGGCUGGAAGGUGCAAUCAAUGAAGAAAUCUAUCAACUUGCUAAAUCUCAAGUGGAUGAGGUAAUGGCAAUGCAUAGUUUUUGUACAGGAGAUGGCGAAGAUAAACUACUUGGGAAAGGGCUGGAAUCACAAAUGGAAGAAAAUCAGAACAAUGUGACUUUUUCAACUCCACUAAUUUCUGAUGUUCCUUCAAAGACUGACUCUUUGACAGUAGUCGAAAAAGACGUUCACAACGGCUCCUACGAAAUUGUAGAUACUGAAAAGGUUGCUUCUUCUGGAUCACCCACUGGACAAUUGGAAAACGGCCCAACAGUUGGGGAGCCAGUCAAUGGGUUGAUUGGCCCAAUGGUUGGGGAGCCGGUCGAUGGGUUGGUUCUUCCUGAUAAAUCCAUUCCUGAGCCUGGGUUCCAUGCUGGGGAAGAUGUUGACAUGGAUGUGGACAUGGAAGUUGAAGAUGCAAUUCCUGCUGGUAACACAUUAUCAAAUGCCGGAGAUUUUACUUCAGUGGAGCAACAUGUUCAGCCAAAUCCAUCUGCAGAGCUCCCGUCCUUGCCAUCAGAGGAUGCUUCCUUUAUUCCACCUCCUCCAGAUGAAGAAUGGAUUCCUCCUCCACCACCUGAUAGUGAACAGGUUCCUCCACCUCCGCCUGAUGAGCCGCCUGAACCUUCAUAUAUCCCAACCACAUCUUACAUUGAGACAGGGCAGCCUCUCUCGUACACGGAGCAAUACAAUUUACCCUAUCCUGAUUCUAGUUUUACAUAUUAUGGGCAAACGUCUGAAGUUCCAACUAGUAAUUUCUAUGGAAAUGCUGAUGGAUCUCAAGUUGAUGGGCCUCAUGUGCCAAUAUACUAUGGGGUGGUACCGAACACAUACAAUGAGACUGCUUCGGUCAUGGUUAACCCUGUUCAGUCUAUUGCAUAUUAUGGCCUUCAAGAUGGAACAAUGCCUUCAGUGUCUGUUGUGAGUGCCAUAGAAUCUUCUCAGAAGUACCAUGAAUCUGGUCCUAUGAGUGACAAUGCCCUUGCUUCUGAUCCAAUUGGAUCUGUUGAUACUCGUUCUGAAGCAGUAGCAGCAGUGACAACUGAUUUUUCUGUUGGUACUGAGAAUAACAUGGGAUCCAGCGGGGUUUCUUCUACUUCCACUACCAUUCAAGCACCUGCAAGUAUUUCUCUGAAAGAGAGUGUUUCUGUUGUGUCAACAAAUGCUGUUUCUUCUGCUGCAGCCACUGCUACCACAUCAUCAACUACAAAAGUUCAAUCUAAAGUGCGAAACAAAAAGAGAACGGUGGCUGUUGCUCCUUCCUUGAGGUCCAAUAAGAAAGUCUCCAGUUUGGUGGACAAGUGGAAAGCGGCUAAGGAGGAGUUGAACGAUGAUGAAGAUGAACCUGAAAAUGCUUAUGAGAUUUUAGAGAAAAAGCGUCGGAGGGCAAUAGAGGAAUGGCAUGCACAGCAAAUUGCUAGUGGAGAAGCCAAAGAUAAUGCAAAUUUUCAGCCUCUGGGCGGGGAUUGGCGUGAGAAAGUAAAGCGUCGGAGAGCUCAAGCAGCCAAGGAAGCUGCACGGAGUCCACCAGAUACACAAACUGAUGGAAAUGAGCAGCAGCCCGAUUUAGUAGAUCUCUCAAAGAAUCUACCGUCUGGAUGGCAGGCGUAUUGGGAUGAAACUUCAAAGCAGGUUUAUUAUGGAAAUACUAUCACCUCAGAAACCACCUGGACAAGACCCAAGAAAUGAGCAACAAUUGUAUUUGGAAAAUUGCAACCUGAUUUAUAGUUAUUUUACCCUUAGGUUGUAUUUACACUUGCCUUUUUUCUCUCUUCAUUUUCAUUGUAUAUUUUCCCGCGUUGGAGGCCAGAUUAGAGUUAGUAAUAUAGGUUCUCAUUUUGUAAUUUUAAUUUUGUAAAGGUAGACUUGAAGGCCUAGCAAAUUUCAAGAACGUAAUUUUAUUACACAAGGCUUUGCUCCAAUGCUCGUUGAAAUUGUACAUAUAAUUUGAGAUAUCAACUAUUAUAAA